AUGUUUCUAUUCUCUGUCCAAGUGUUCUGCGCCGAAGUAUUGGCCUGCUGCCUUCCUCUCCCUGGCCCUUCAUGCUCUCUCAGUGCUCUGUCUUCUGCUGAUCUAGAGUAUCGGACAUUAUUAGCUCUUGCUCUCAAGAGAUGGUGGUCACAAUCCAAGGCCAAUGUCAUUGUUUUGAGUGGAGAACAAGAGAUUGUCGACCAGAUCAUGCUUGUCCCCGGAGGAAUGCAGUGGCUCAUCUCUGGCAAACCAGGCUCACACAAGCUUCAUAACAUUGGAGCAUGGUCACUGCCAAGUGAUGGUACAUGCAUAGUUGUGAAGGACAUGGAAUGCCAGGGAAUUAUUGCCAUCGGCUCUAGAGACAAGGAUAGUCCAAACCGACAUGCUACAGUAUUCUCGCUCUCCUUAAAGCCUGCUCUCAACAAGUUUUGUGACUACUCACUCGUCCCUGGCACUAUUGCAGGGAUUUCACAGCACCUGCUUUUCCUGGAUACCACGUCACAGAAGGAUGGGGGCGGCCUCGAGGUCCUAGAUUGGCAUGCUAAGACAGAGGGCACUGCCCUUCUUCCGUGUAUACCUGAACUGUUUGGUGCCUUCCUAGGCUUGGUCCAUUUCUCAGACCGCACACUUGUAACGUGGGAGGGAUGCAUUACUUGUGCAGAUGCCAUGCAUGGGUUGUUUGUGUAUGAGGGGAAGUUUGGUCCUGAGUUUGAGAUGGAAAGGGUUGUAUAUGAGAUUGAAACUGUUGAUGUUGGUGGUAGAGACAAGAUCGACUUUGAUGAGGGGAUGGGACGGCUAGUUUUUGCAAAGGGAAGUGGGGGAUUUGAUGUGAUGCAGCUGUUGUAA